GCCCCCCACACGAUGAACCGGCCUGCCUCGGCUCAACAGGGGUGGUAAGCGCGGCUGUUGCCGAAGCUCGUGCGCUCUCUAUUGGGAUUUUACCAGGACUGGAUGAAGCGAACUCUCCCUAGUUUGUUUUUAAACUUAUUUUGGGAUGUUGCUACUGCAUAUAAUUUGAGUGUUUCUAAAUAGUUAUUAAUCCCUUGUUUGCUAACGGCAGCUUGGCACAAAGACGAGUGAGCCGAUACUGGCUAACUAUAACUAGCCUGCUAACACGCCCGCUGAGGACUAGCACAUCACUACGCUUCUCCACUUGGAUAAUCUCUGCUGACUCGUACCGUGUAAGGUGUAAGCUACUCAGUCAUAGCUGUUUACGUGUCACAAAGAAUUAAGUUGUCGUUUAAGUCACCACGUUUGUCUUCGUAAGUUUAAUUAUUCUUUUAUGCCUAGCUGUUUUUUUUAUUUCAUGAUUUUUGAGCUAGCCUCUGCGGAGCCUCGGACCGAUUCAAGGAUGGUGCUACAACAAGCUAACGCUGCUCUGGGUGAAAAAGUGAGCGCAAGAAAGUGAGGUAGCACUUGAGUCCAGUGGGAGUGCUCAGUUUUGUUUACGUUCAUUUUAAAUCCGGGCUGGAUGACGCUGGGACAAAACGGACAACCAUUAAACAAAUCAAAUGGACUGACACGGGGAAUUUAUCGCUAACAGAUCGAAAGGAUUAUUUUGUGUCUUAAGUGGAUUUCGGCCUCCUGUUCCGGAUCUUCGUGGGAACACAACAGUCUGUGUUUUGACGUUGGGUGAGCCCACUCCCGCAAGAUACCACCUCUCCCAGCGACCUUCUUCCUCUUGUCUGCACCCUCUAAUGCGGAGAUUUCAGUAGUACCGGCAACCAAACCCCCCUCUGCGGCCGGACAUGCUGAAGUGUAUCCCCCUGUGGCGCUGCAACCGCCACGUCGAGUCAGUGGACAAGCGGCACUGCAACCUGAAGGCUGUCCCUGAUGAAAUCUUCCGCUACAGCCGCAGCCUGGAGGAACUUCUGCUCGAUUCCAACCAACUCAAAGAGCUGCCAAAGGCUUUCUUCAGACUACUGAACCUACGGAAGCUCGGCCUGAGUGACAAUGAGAUCCAGAGACUCCCUCCUGAGGUGGCCAACUUCAUGCAGCUGGUGGAGCUGGACAUCUCCAGAAAUGACAUUCCUGAGAUCCCCGAGAGCAUUAAGUUCUGCCGGGCAUUGGAGAUUGCUGAUUUCAGUGGAAACCCCCUCACCAGAUUACCGGAGGGUUUCACUCAGCUCCGAACGCUGGCGCACCUCUCACUCAACGACGUGUCGUUACAAACGUUACCCAACGACAUCGGAAAUCUAGCUAACUUGGUGACAUUGGAGCUGAGAGAGAACCUGCUGAAGUCUUUGCCCACGUCACUGUCCUUCCUGGUGAAACUGGAACAGCUGGACCUCGGCAGCAAUGAACUGGAACUUUUGCCUGACACACUCGGUGCUCUACCCAAUCUAAGGGAGCUUUGGUUAGACCGUAACCAGCUGUCUUCACUACCACCAGAGCUGGGGAACCUUCGGCGGUUGGUGUGUCUGGACGUCUCUGAGAACCGCCUGGUGGAGCUUCCCUCAGAGCUGAGCGGCCUGCUGGCUCUCACCGACCUGCUGCUCACACAGAACAUGUUAAAAAUCAUUCCAGACGGCAUUGGCUGUCUGAAACAACUUUCUAUCCUGAAGGUGGACCAGAACCAACUAACCCACCUGACUGACUCAGUAGGGGAGUGUGAAAACCUCACAGAACUUAUUCUGACGGAGAAUCUUUUACAGUCACUUCCUCGCUCGCUGGGCAAGCUGAAGAAGCUGACAAACUUGAAUGUAGACCGAAAUCGCCUGAACAGCGUUCCCAAAGAGCUGGGUGGCUGCACCAGCCUCAGUGUCCUCUCCCUGAGGGACAACUGCCUGGGCAAACUGCCUGCUGAGCUCGCAGAUGCCACUGAGCUGCAUGUGCUGGAUGUGGUCGGAAACCGAUUACAAAACUUGCCUUUCACCCUGACCAACCUCAACCUGAAGGCCAUGUGGCUUGCAGAGAACCAGUCGCAGCCGAUGCUCAAGUUCCAGACAGAAGAUGACCAGAAAACUGGAGAGAAAGUGUUAACCUGCUAUUUACUACCACAGCAGCCUUCACCAAGCCUAGAGAACCUGCUGCAGAACAAUGUGGACGACGUUUCUACAGACAGCAAUCUGAACCGGGUGUCGGUCAUUCAGUUCCAGGAAGAGACCAAGGCUGCAGAGGAGGAAGAUAAGCGCAGAGGCCUCCAGCGCAUGGGAACACCACAUCCCAGUGAGCUGAAGAUGAUGAAGAAGGUGAUAGAGGAGAGGAGGAAUGAAGCCUACCCAUCCAGACCUGAUGGAGAAGACGAGUCGCCUGACUCACCGAAGAAGCGACUCAGUGACGUUUCCAAUCAGAGCCACGACUCCCAGGCUUCCAACAGCACUCUGUCAGCCACCUCCCACGAAGACGGGCAAAAUGCAGCCUUGCAAAAGGAGGACUUUGUGGACGGCCAGUCCCCUCAGGAAGAGGAGGACCCGGAUGAGAUGGAGGUGGAGUACAUUGAGCCAACUGUGCACUUUGCAGAAGAGCCCAUCAUCCGUGGUGGGGAUGAGGAGGAUGGGGAGAACGAUGAAGAGAGCGAUGAGGAAGAUGAGAGGCCGAUUGUUCCAAUGGAGAGACAGAGGCUGAUCAGAAAGGACACGCCGCACUACAAAAAGCACUUCAAAAUCACCAAGCUGCCCAAACCCGAGGCCGUGGCUGCUCUGCUGCAGGGCUUCAGCCCAGACGGGCUCAACUCUUCGACACAGACUGCCGAGGACGAGGAGAAUGAAGAGGAAGAGGAAGAGGAAGAGCAGAGUGUCAGUGCACUUCAACUCCAUCAUAGACUAGAACAACUGGAGGACCUUCGGCAUCAAGGCAACUCCAGUCAAGUGAAGGGGGUGUCAUUUGAUCAAGUCAAUAAUCUGCUGAUUGAACCUGCUCGAAUUGAGGAGGAAGAGCACUCGCUGACCAUCGUGAGACAAACUGGUGGUCUGGGUAUCAGCAUCGCUGGAGGGAAAGGAUCUACGCCUUACAAGGGAGAUGAUGAGGGAAUCUUCAUCUCCAGAGUAUCUGAAGAGGGUCCUGCAGCAAGAGCAGGGGUGAAAGUUGGAGAUAAACUCCUAGAGGUAAAUGGGGUAGACCUCCAUGAAGCCGAGCAUCACACUGCGGUGGAAGCUCUCCGUAACUCCGGUGCUACCGUCUCCAUGACCGUACUUCGAGAACGCAUGGUGGAGCCGGAGAACGCCAUCACCACCACGCCGCUGAGGCCUGAGGAUGACUACUUCCCACGAGAGAGGCGGAGCAGCGGCAUCGCCUUUAACUUGGAGACCUGUCCCAGCGGGCCGCGGCAGCGACUGUCCACCUGCCUGAUCCGCAACGACAAGGGUCUGGGAUUCAGCAUCGCAGGGGGAAAAGCCUCUACGCCCUACCGCACCGGAGACACGGGAAUCUACAUCUCUCGAAUUGCAGAGGGUGGAGCGGCACACAGAGACGGCACGCUGCGUGUUGGGGACAGGGUGAUCUCUAUCAAUGGUGUAGACAUGACAGAGGCCAAGCACGACCAGGCAGUAGCUCUUCUUACCGGCACCUCUCCCACCAUCGCGCUGCUGGUGGAGCGAGACCCGACUGCACCGGGAGGCUCUCCAAGUCAGAGCCGGAGACGAGCACACUCCCCUCCACCCCCAGAACCCUCGGAUUCUCCGGACCAGGAGGAGGAAGGCCUUCAGGGGAACCACCUGGGUCGGAUGGAGGAUGAGUAUCCUAUUGAGGAAGUGGUCCUGGUGAAGUCAGGUGGUCCUCUUGGACUGAGCAUCGUUGGAGGUAGCGACCAUGCUAGUCACCCUUUUGGCAUCAAUGAACCCGGGGUGUUUAUCUCAAAGGUGAUUCCUCAAGGUCUAGCAUGUCAGAGUGGCCUUCGUGUGGGAGACCGGAUAUUAGAGGUGAACACCAUCGACUUGCGACACGCCACACACCAGGAAGCUGUCCGCGCCCUGCUGGCCAACAAGCAAGAGAUCCGUAUGUUGGUGCGGAGGGACCCUUCGCCACCUGGGAUGCAGGAAGUUUUGAUCCAAAAGCAGCCGGGGGAGAAACUUGGCAUCAGCAUCCGUGGAGGGGCCAAAGGUCAUGCUGGGAACCCCUUUGAUCCCACAGAUGAGGGCAUCUUCAUCUCUAAGGUGAGUUCGACUGGAGCUGCAGCACGAGAUGGACGGCUGCAGGUUGGCAUGCGUAUCCUUGAGGUGAACAACCACAGCCUCCUGGGAAUGACCCACACAGAGGCGGUACGAGUGCUGCGCGCCAUUGGAGACUCCCUGGUCCUGCUAGUGUGCGACGGCUUUGACCCAUCCAAAGUUACAGCCGUGGAGGCAUCUCCCGGGAUUAUCGCCAACCCAUUUGCAUCUGGAAUUGUACGCAAGAACAGCAUGGAGAGCAUCUCCUCCAUAGACCGAGACCUGAGCCCAGAGGAGAUGGAUAUAAUACAGAAGGAAUCGGAGAUGGUGAGAGAAAGCUCACAGUGGGAACGAGAAGAGAUGGAGAAAGUGGAGCGAAUGCGUUUGGAGCGUGAGGAGGCAACUCGCCUGCUAGAAGAGGAGACGGAGAACCUCGGCACUGGACCUUUAAAACUUGACUACAAAACCCUGGCAGCGCUGCCCACCACCAGUCUGCAGAAAGUCAACAGGUUCUCGACCUCUGUCGCUCCCAUGGAGGUCCCCCUGCAGGCCCCUUUAGAGCCCCUGGGCUUUGGGUUGAGCCAACCCAACAAACCCCUCACAGAGGACGAUAAUCAUCUGGUAACUCAGUUUUCCCCAAAUGGAGCGUCCCCCGGCGCUGACAGCUGCGGCUCAGCAGCCGCGUUAACAUUUACUCCUGAGGAGGAAGAGGAGUGCCUCGUGGAUUCUCAGCCCAUGUGCUUCAAAGAGAAUCCUUUCUUGGUGGCUAAUCGGAAAGGAAGAGGUCUUCCUCCUGGAGAGCAGAUUCUGUCGGGGCCUCCGGUGGGCUACGGCACGCAGGGAAAACUGCAGCCGUGGUUGUUCAGCAAGGCACCUUCCUCUGAUUACACCCGGACAGACAGCCCCAUCAGAGAAGCACCUUACUCCCCCACCAUCCAACCGCCCAGCCACCCCCCCUCUGACAGCUCUAUGUGUGCAGGCAGGGAGACCCGCUUUGCAAACAUUCAUUACACCUCCACUCCCACAGUCAAGGACAGCCCUUCAUCAACACGACCUGGUGCUAUCCAGCCCGUUGGGCGCGUGCAGCCCCGGACUUCCCCUGGCACUCCGGAGGGCCGCAGUCCUAACCCCUUUCAGCAUGGUCCCUCCCCGUUCAACUCCCAGACCUCUCCUCGCGCCCCCUCCCCCUCUUCGCCCGACGAGCUUCCGUUGAAUGUCAAACAGGCAUACAAGUCGUUUGCCGCCGUGCCUCGAUCACUGGCCGUGCUGGAGCCGCCGCAGGAGCUGUUUGGCGGGAGGAACAAUUUCUACCCUAGACAUCCUUCACCAGAGCCUGAAGUGCUCGAUGAGGUGUUUGAUGAUAAAAAUGACAGUCAGGAGAGAGCUGUUAAGGGUUUGGCUAGCAAGGUCUCGCCCCGGUCCUCCCUCUCAUCUGAUCGCCAAGGCUAUAUGAGCCUGGCAGCAGUGCCUCGACUCUCCAGGCUCUCCGUGGACCUGCAGAGUCCUUCUCCUGGUGGGAGGGGAAGCCCAGAGCAGCGCUCGUUCAGGGACAGGCAGAAAUACUUUGAGAUUGAUGUGAAGCAGCAGACGCCAGAAAAGCCCAAGCCCCGAGUCUCCCUCGUGGGGGAGGAUGAUCUGAAGAAAAUGAGGGAGGAGGAAGAGAGGAAGUUUGAACAGCGGGCACGGGAGUACCUUAUGGACGACGAUGAGGAGGAUGAGGAGGAGGACCUGGCUAAGCAGGUGGCACAGAUGAAGGCAACAGGAAAGGUGCUGUUGGACGGAGUAGAGUACAAGGUGGAGCCGAUAUCCUCCCCAUCCCAGCACUGCUCCACCCCACCCAACUACAGCUUCACGCCUCCAAGCCACGGAGGCAGCUCAGGGCCGUCAUCGGUGGACGGGAAAGGAGACUCCCAAAGGAAUUCCCUGGAGGACGGUUUCAGGCUGGAGCAGAGGCCUAACUCCAUGACGGGUCUGGUUUCAGCGUACCCCGGAGAAUCGGCAGCUCCCAUCCGCACGGCCAAAGCGGAACGACGGCAUCAGGAGAGGCUUCGGAUGCAGAGUCCUGAGCUGGCUGUGGCCCCCGACAAGGACCUGUCCCCCGCAGAGAAACGAGCUCUGGAGGCUGAGAAGAGGGCCAUGUGGAGGGCGGCACGUCCCUAUGGCCUCGAGGAGGAUGUUAGACAGUAUGAGCAGGACCUGGCUAAGAGGCUGUACCGGGCCCGUGUGAGGGCCUCUCAGGGCGCAGAUGCAGCCCCCCAGCCCCAAUCCUCUACCUCCUCCUCUGCAGCCUCGCAGCUCAGAAUGAAGUCUCUGGAACAAGACGCUCUGAAGGCUCAGAUGGUCAUUGCCAAGUCUCGGGAUGGGAAGAAGCGUGGGACACUAGACCAGCUGACGGAGUCACCCUCGCCUGCUCCUACACCUUCUCCCACUCCCAUGGAAGAGCUCAGUCCUCGAGCGUUAACCUCGCCAGGCCGGCUGUCCCUGUCAUCAAAGAAGUUUGACUACCGACAGUUUGCCGCCAUUCCUUCUUCCAAACCCGUAUACGACAUUCAGUCUCCUGAAACCACUGAGGAUGUGCGGUACAUCGAUGCCUCCAGCGAUCCAGGUGACUACCAGGGAUAAGCAGCUCCUAUUGUGCACAUCGUGAGUCCAGAAGUGGAGAUACCCACCCCGCUGCCCGCCACCUCGGCCUUGGAGGAAAUGGCCUUGUACAGCAACAGACGCAAGCUGAGACAGGGCCGCCGCAGCCUGGAAACCGCCGUGCCCACAUAGCACCUCCCCGACUGGAGAAACCGAAAAUGAUAUGCAGAUGUUCAGACAUGACCAGCCGAGUCAGAGCGAGGCUCAACAUAUAACCACUGCAGAGACGAUGAAGCCGAUAGCCGUAGACUCUCCUAUAUCGCGUGCCAGUCUUGCCUUUCUAGUUUGUGGGUUAGUGUGCGAGCUACGUAACCCCCACCCACCCACCCACCCUCCCCCACAUGGGUAAUCCAGAGCUAAUGCUACUUACAGGUGAUGGGUAUUAGUUCUUAAAUGUUCUGUUUGCCUGGUAGAGUCGGAGUGUUUUUAGUUUAUUCUCAUCGCAUUAAAAAAACAAAACUAAAAUAGAAAAGAACGUUGUAGCUAACGAGUGUUUUACUGCUAAAAUCUUAGACCUUGGAGAUCUGGUUGUAAAUAAUAAUUGCGGAGACAACUUGCUACCUUCAUAAUCACAACGUGUGGAAGACGAUUUUUAAGUACAUCACAUCUUUCCACUGCCACUGUUUUGCUCUUUUAGCUCCUUUUUAUAAUUUAUUGUUUUUACUGUUUUACUCAGAUUAAAGUUUUAAUCCAUUCAGGCUGUUUGGGCUCCAGAUUAGGAUCGAGUUAUCCUAAAAUCAAUUAACCAAAUAUAAUUGAGAUUACAUCACAUAUCACUACUAAAGUCCACCUUUUCCAUUCAGCUGGGUCAUUAGAUGGCACAUGACUAACGGGUCGUAUCAGAAAUGCUGGUUUCUCACCUCAGCAGGUUUCUACACUGGAGGCAGCCGCCCUGAGCAGGAUCAGUGGAGAACAUCUAACAUUGUUUAUUAAUGGUACUUACCCUCAUUAGGGUAAUUAUAAAUAUGUGUGUAUGUUUUAAUCAAUGUGAAUCACUAAUGUUGCAUUAAUAGGAGGGUGUGCUGCAGUGAUGUGAAGGUAGCAGGCCUUUUAUUUUUCUGUUCUAGGGUAAUUUAAAGCUGAUGCCACUGAAAAUCAUUUAAUGUGUGAAUAAUGUACAAAUACUGAAAGGAAAAGAAGAGUUGGGUUAGAAACUGAGCCUGUGUGGACUGUUGAAGCCGUAGGCGGGGCUUGGUGCUGGGAUGCUCUCUUGUAUAUUGGUUUGUUACUGGGAGAAGCGGAACCAGUGAAGAAAUCCCCACAUUCAGCUCUUGGGUUGGCAGACCGUCAGCUUAUGCAUCUCAUGGGUGUUUUUACAGAAUCACAGCAGUUUAGUGUUUUAUGUUGAUUUAAUAAUGCAGGUUUGACUUCUAACUUUUCAUGUUGCUCUGACUGAAAUUCAGUUCUAUAACAUAUGCAGCUUUUUUUAACUUCCUGUAGUUAUUUUCUUCCUUCAGAUGGGUUUCACUACAUUAUUGAUGCUGUGUUUCAGAUUUUUUUAAAUCUUAUAUUUGGGGGCUUUUACUUGCAAAUAGGCCAGAGGGUAAGGGUCAGAAGUCCUAGGGUCAAGGGUUAUAGCUCACACAAGACUGUAACUAGUGAAUUUGUACAACCAAAGAAGUCUAUUUUGUGGUUCAGGAAUAAUAAAAUGUACUUUUCAUUUAAGAAGCUA